GCCGGCAGGGCGCCGCGCGCCCCCCCGCGCCCCGCGCCGAUGGACGUGCUGGGCUCCUCCGACGACGAGGGCCGCUUCGACGACGAGGGCCGCUUCGAGCCGUCCGACACGCAGGUGGCCAACCUGGCGUCCCUGGUCGAGUGCGACCCCGCCGUGUGCCGGAGGGCGCUGGGGCAGGCGAGGGGCGACCCCGACCUCGCCGUCCAGCUCAUCUUCGACAAGAGGGUCGAAGUGGCAGCGCCCUCGCCCGCGGCGGCGGCGGCGGCGGCCGUGCCGACGGCCCUGCUGGCGGCCCCGGCCGCGCAGGCCGCGGCGCAGGCCGCCGCGCCGCCGGCCGCGGCCCGGCGAGCCGCCGCGGCCCCCGAGGGGCCGCUGCCGGCGCCGAAGCGGGCGAGGACGGGGCGGCGCGGGGCGGCGGAGGGCGGGGCCCCGUGGAGGCCGUUCGAGGACGGCGGCGUCGGCGGCGAGGCGUGGGCCCGCGGCGUGCUCCGGAACGCCCAGCCGGGCCUGUCGCUGCGGGGGCUGCCGGACGCCGCGACGUGCAACGCGCUGGCCAAGGACAUACCGCCGCCGCCCCUGGGCGGCGACAGCGAGGAGGACGGGGCCGUCACCCGAGGCAUCGCGCUGCGGUGCCAGUUCGAGGCCCUGCUGAGCGAAGUGCGCUACCCUCCGAGCGCCCUGCAGUGCAGCUGGCGGCUCCGGCCGACGGGGCACCCCGUGCCCGAGGACCUCGUUGACGACGUCCCCCCGCGACCCUUCGAGCUCCGGAGCAACGCGGACAGCGCCCCAGCGCCUCAGCCGCCGCACUUCGCGCAGCACCCCCUGCGCCCAGAGCAGCUCAAGAGCCUGGGCUGGAUGCUGGAGCAGGAGUGCGGUCGUGGCCCGUUCCAGGUCGAGUGGCGGCGCUAUUGGACCACCAAGCCCGAGGAGAUCGACGAGAACGCGUGCAUGAGCCUGGUGUCCCGCGGCAUGCGGGUGUCGAUUACGCCCGCACGAUGCCUCAAGAACAGUCCCCAGGAGAAAACGGUGUGCACGGUCAAGAAAGUAGGGAGGUCUGCGGUCACUGUUUCGUCGCCUUCUGGUGACGACAUCGAUUGCCCUGUCAGCAAGCUUGACGGCUUCUCCCCUCACGAGAUCAUGCCGUUGCCGCUGGAGGCUGGAUGCCUCGUGCGAGUUCGCGGGGACGUGGCCGUCCCGAAGCACGGCUGGGGAAACAUCGACCACGAUUGCUUGGGAGUGGUGAAGAGCGUGCAGAACGAGGAUGUGCUCGUCUUGUUCGACAAGUCCGUGCGGGCCAGGACUUGGCACGGGAUGAAGAGCGAGAUGGAGAGGGUGUCCCUUGACACGGCGGGAUCGAGCAACAACAUGCACCCUGAGCUCCGGGUCCAGGCUUCUUACGACGUGAGGGGCGGCAUAUUGGGGGACAAGAUUGGCUUCGGGAAGACGGCCACGACCAUCGGCCUGAUCGAUGCCACGUCCGCGUCUCCCCUGCCGGCGGUCCCGGCGAUCGAUGGGGGCAGGUUCAUCCCCGCGAAGGGCACGUUAGUGAUCGUGCGCGAGGACCUCCUCGAGCAGUGGCUGACCGAGAUCUCCAAAUUCACGUGGGGUGGCCAGAACCUGAAGAAGAGGAUGUCCGGGGGCUGGUCUCCUGGCCGGCUGCCCCCUGCCUCGGCGCUGGCGGAGGCCGACGUCGUGCUCUGCUCCUACCGGCUGCUGUACUCGCAGGCCUACUUGAACAGGCGGAGAGAGCUUGUGAAUUGCUGCGCAGAACUGGAUGCGGUCACGGGGUCAUCGGCGUUGCACGAGCUGGAGCUGGUCACCGAGUCGCUCAUGCAGGGCCACGGCCAAUUUCAUGUGCCCAGCGGCAAAGCCGUUCGUGAAGACCGGCGCUACGAGUCCACAUGGCAAGAGCUGAGGUUCCCCCUCCUGGAGAUGUUCUACUGGCGCAGAGUGGUCUUCGAUGAGUUCCACGAGCUGGAGAGCUUCGAGAGCGCCCAGCAGAACAUCCUGCAGCACCUCCGGUCGCACUUCCGGUGGGGCCUCACCGGCACUCCUCCCGUGGACACCACUGCGGGUGGCAUCUUCAUGUCCUUCCUGUUCCGAGUCGACAUCAUAGGCGGCGGAGGCCCGCGUUGGCUGAAGAAUCCGACGCGCCCAAACUUGGGGGAGUUCGAGACCGACUGCCUCGUCACGUCGCACGCGGAGAGCUUCGUGGGGCACUACGUGCGCCAGAACGUCGCGGACCUGCCCCACAUCCGCGUAGAGCACAGCUCCGUGCUCGUGACGCACUCGGCCGAGGAGCGGGCCGUGUACCUGGGGCAACUCCACGACUCGCCCGCGCGGUCCGACGAGAGCCUCUCCUCCCCGGACGGCAGGGUGAAGGACUCGGCGUUCGAGGCCCUCGAGAGGCUGCUCAAGCUGUGCUCCCACUUCCAGCCUGGGGGCGAGACCAGCUCGGACGCCGAGGAGGAGUGCAGCCGGCUGGGCCAGAAGCGCGUGAAGCGGGUCGCCGCCGCGAGGGGUCGCGUGGAGCGCGGGUGCCGCAUCUUCCGGCUGCUCAGCAUCAAGGCCGACGCCCUGGGCCGGCAGCCGCCGCCGGGGCCCGGGGCGGAGGCGGUGGCCCGCCUCGUGCAGACGGCGGGCGGCUGGCAGCAGAGCGUCACGGCCGCCGCGCAGGCGCUCCGCGCGCAGGGCGAGGGCGAAGCGGGGGCGAGCGUCACCGCGGCGAAGGAGCUGCAGGAGGUGAUCACGGGCCUCGGCGGCGAGGACGAGGAGCAGCCCCUGAAGGCGAUGGACGGGGUCCGACCGGCGAGCGGGGCGCUGCUGGCGCAGCUGGGGCAGCCAGAGCCGCGCCGCGGGUACACGCGGGAAUGCUGGGGCGCAUUCGUGGCGGCGCCCACGGAGCCGGGCGCGCUCGCGCCGCUCGUCGAGGAGCAGCUCUCGGAGGUCGCGGCCGCCCUGCAGGAGCUGAAGGACGCGCUGCGGAGCCGCCAGUUCUUCCAGCAGGCGCUGGCCGCGCUGGCGGACUCGGCCGAGGCGAGGCACUGCUCGGUCUGCCUCGAGGACGACCUGCCCCUCACCAAGCUGGCGAUCACGCCCUGCGCCCACAGCUUCUGCAUCGACUGCCUGCGCAAGACGGUGCAGCAGUUCAAGAGCUGCAGUAUCUGUCGGCAGCAGCUCAGUCCCGGCGACGUGGCGCCCGUCUCCCUCGAGCUGAAGUCCAGCAUUGCUGGCGCGCCUCCGCAGGACGAGCGGCUCCGGCGGUACGGCGCCAAGCUCGCGCUCUUGGUGGGGAGAUUGUGGGCGCUGCGCCAGGCGGACCCGACCGCCGAGGUAAUUCUUUUCGUGCAGUUCGACGACCUGAAGCGGAAAGUGGCCGCGGCGCUCGCGGAAUUCGGGGUGCCCAGCGUCACGCUGCACGGCAGCGUCUCCGCCUCCGGUACCAACCUCACCGCGGCGAGCCACGUGGUGUUCCUGCACCCCGUGCUCGCCGAGACCGCCGACGCGGCGGUGGGCUACGAGGAGCAGGCGAUCGGCAGAGCGGCCCGGCACGGGCAGCAGCGGGACGUGGUGCACGCGUGGCGCUUCGUCACCGAGGGCACGGUCGAGCAGACCAUCUCGGACCGCAACAUGGCGGCCAUGGCGGUCCGCGAGGCAGCUGGCGCACCCGGCACCCUGCCGCUUAGACGGGCGCUGCUUGGCAGCUGCUCUGCAGAUUGGCCAGGAGGCGCCUUCCAGCGGGAGAGGGGCUCUAG